CCGCUCAGCUGGACCGUCGGCGCUGCUUCAGCUGAAAUGUUCCACCUCGUCAAUGCGUUCCAAGGACGGCCUCGACCACAGGGGCAAGGCGAAUACCACCCUCCGGUCAGCAGCGCCGACUUCUGGUUCCUCGUAUCUGCAUCAGCAGCAGGACGAUCCGUACACAUUGAGGUGCGGCUGCCAGCACGGACUGUCAAGGCACUGCUUAAGAGUUGCUCUCAGUCUCUACGUGAGGCCUGGACAGACGGCUUGGCCGUCGAGGAUGCACCUCAUCGUCUCAAGCUCGUAGCAAACGACGGGAUAGAACGUUUGAUACGACCUCCGCAAGGCAGUGCUUGUCUUCUUCAGUCGGAGGAAGACCUCGAUGUUCAGUUCACGAACGGCGAGGAGUGGUUUGAAGAGAGGGCGUGGGAGUGUGAGAAUGAGGACGAGCACAAGAGACUCGGGCAGGCGACGGUUCGCAGCGAGGCUGAGAAGGAGUAGCGCAUUUGCUGAAGACGUGUCAUUUGAG